AUGGGUGGCGUUCCGAAAACGGCGUUGAACAUCACCUGCUGGCCCAAAGCUGACUUGGAUUUAUCCAUCCUCGGCGACAUUAUCCAAGGUGGCACUGAAAAGGCUAUUGAGGCGGGUGCGGCACUUGUCGGUGGACAUACGGUGGAUGCCCCGGAGCUGAUGUAUGGACUCUCCGUAACGGGUAUUGUGCAUCCGGAGAAAUUCGUAAGAAACUACGGUGCGUGUCCCGGUGAAGUGCUUAUUCUUACCAAAAACCUCGGUAUCGGUAUCCUCACCACAGGACUGAAAUUUGAUAAAAUCAGCGAUGCUGUCUUACCACAACUCGUCGAAUCGAUGACCCGACUCAACGCAUCCGCAGCGUCAGUAAUGCUGAAGUACGGUGCGAGUGCGUGUACAGAUGUCACAGGUUACGGUUUGUUGGGGCAUGCGUCAGAAAUGGCAGCAGGCAACGAUGUCCGCCUAAAGAUCGAUAGCGGUGCUGUGCCAUACUUUGCCGAUGCCCCCGCACUCGUUGCACAGGACACCUACACGCAAGCCUACCUUGCGAAUAUGACAUUCCUCGCAGAUAAGGUUACCUUCCAUACCGAUAGCGACGCGAUGCGGCAUAUUUUGAUGGAGGCGGAAACGUCUGGCGGUCUGCUAUUCUCACUUCCCGCCGAGAACGCCGACGCGGCGAUAGCGGAACUCCAUGCCACUGAUUGCCCAGAGGCGGCUGUUAUCGGAGAAGUGGUGGGAACGGAUACCGCGCAUAUAGAGGUAUUUUAA